AUGACCCAGUCACAGUCCACUAACCUCACGAAUCCCCACACGUCCCAGUCACAUCCCAACCUCACGCAAUCCCCAGUCCACAUCCACAGUCCACUUAACCUCACGAAUCCCAGUCACAGUCCACUUCAACCUCACGAAUCACCCAGUCACAGUCCACUUACCUCACGAACCCCACGUCCCAUUCCAAUCCCAACCUCACGAAUCCCCAGCUCUACAGUCCACUUAACCUCACGAAUCCCCAGUCACAGUCCACUUAACCCUCACGAAUCCCCAGUCACAGUCCACUUAACCUCACGAAUCCCCAGUCACAGUCCACUUAACCUCACGAAUCCCCAGUCACAGUCCACUUAA